AUGCAGACCAUCACCAGGGGAGAUGCUGAUAAAGCCAAAGGCAUGUUUCAUAUGCAAUUGCUCAGUGUGAAGCCGGGAGCUGCUACAAGCAAAGUUGAAGUAAACACGGAUAUCGACGUCAAAGAGCAAUUUCUUAUCCAUGCCUACACCGACCUUGUUGACUUCAUCAAUGACUUUCAAAUGACCCGAAGUGGUAAGCCAACGAAACGCAUGCUCAGCAAGAUCCACAACUGGAACCCUAAUCUGGACCUUCAGAAGGCCAGCAAGGAAGAGCGUAUCGAAUGGCGGCGUAGUUACACUGUCAACUGGCUUUACGAUCUAGUUAAUCAGUUCUCGGCAAUAGUUGUACAAAGGAAUACCAUGAAGGGAGAGAAUCACGAUUUGGCAAAAGUCGAUUGGUCCACCACUGGUCCUUGGAACAAGCACCGUCGGUUAUUCGGACUGGUCGAGUUCGCAGGUCAUAUCACUUCCCUAGCUAUGCAAAAACCAGGGACGGACUUUCGAAAAAGUAUUCAACCUCAUCACGUCUUUCAAAUCCAGUGCAUUGUUGAUUCGUUCACAAUAUCCCGCGGAUGGUACAAUAAUGUUCUUCGAGGGCAUGUUCUUUCUCCUCCAAAUAAGGCUUUUCGUCUGAGAAGAGAUGUUGAUCUCUUUCUGGAUCGCGAAAAUGAACGGAUAGGCCAUGGAUACCUGCAAGCUGUUGAUAUCUUGAGACAGGUUCUGAAAAAAGAUGCCAUGCUAAAUGGGGACCCAAAACGCUACGAACUUGUAGAUGCGACCCUAGAAGACUUGAACAUUGACUUCAUCAAUUGGCUAGGAGAAUCUAUGUAUAUAAGCGGCCUCACCGACAUCCCGCCUUCGAGAUUCUCGAACUCUAACACCAACGGCGUCCAGGAGUACUCACCAUAUCUAUGUGGCGUGGGCUUGAUGGAAGGACUGGAACUAGCCUACGGACUCAACUUUCUAAUAUGGGAUCGAAUGCCAGAGCCUUUUAGUCUAAUUCAUCUUCACAACAUGUUGGUAAAGACGGGAUACAUCGAGGAGGAAGUUGGUCUCUACGCUACCAUUCAAAGUCUGUUUUUGACUACUUUCUUCGCCAACGGCGACAUACCCACUGAUAACUUUGACGACGCCUUUAUCAGCGCGAUGGGCGAGACUGGGAGUCGCCGAUCCUUGUUUCAGCGGCGAGCUAUUCGGCGGGGUAUUAGCCGGACGUCAACUGAUAUGCAUGGAAUUGUGAGCUUGAACGCAAAUCGCUUCUUUAAGGAGAAGUCGCUCCUCAGGCUACUCAGAGAGUCAAACUGGCUACCAGAACGUAUUACAGACGAAGAAAUUCCAGUAAUUUCCUUGAUGGGCGCGCAUCGGCUAGCCCAAGUUAAAUCAUCCAAGGACCCCAAGACUGGCAAAAAUAUCUUAGAAGAUUCGCCGCUUGUCGCUCGGGCCAAGGCACAGGGCAUGCCUGAAGAUGUCAUCUUGUCUUUAUCCUCAGUCUCAGAGAUGUUGCUGAAUGAAUCUGAGGAAGACAUACCCGAGAGCUUGUUACCAGCUCUACCUGAAGGCUACACCAGAGGCACAUUACCCAAACCCAAAUCUGCAGACACGUUACUGAGUGGGACUGUACUAUUGGAUUACUUGAAGCGUGAUAUUGCCAGCGACGUUUCCGGCACACGACCUCUGUCCGCUCUAAACUUCACAUUUAUCACCACGAUAUUUAUGAUGCACUGGGAUCUUAUAGAAAAGGAACUGAGACGCCUACGCAAUCCGCUUUGGGUCAUGGCGUAUGAGACAAACAAGGAUAUGGCGAAAGAGAAAAGGGUGUCGUUCACGGUUUUACUACUGGCUGAUGAGGACCCGGAAUGCAUGCAAGUGAUUGCAAACGUCCUUACGAAUCCUAGAUAUGGCGUUAUGCAACAUGUGUAUUGGGAAGACUUGGACGAUCCGGAUGAUGAAGAGAAGCUGCAUCAGCCAUUUCAAUUUGAAGAGCCUGCUUGUAAUGUCAUGUAA